GCUCUGCCGUAUGUAGCAUUGUUGAUCGUGCUGCUUUUCUUCAUCUAUGCCGUAAUCGGUAUGCAGGUUUUCGGCAAGGUGGCACUGGAUGACGCUACACAAAUACAUCGAAACAACAACUUUCAUUCGUUCUUCGCUGCUGUGCUGGUUUUGUUCAGGUCUGCUACCGGUGAAGCCUGGCAAGAGGUUAUGUUGUCUUGCUCGGAUCGUGAAGAUGUACGAUGUGAUCCACUAUCAGAUGACUAUAAACGUGAUAGAGAAGCUCGCUGCGGUGUCAACUUUGCCUACCCGUACUUCAUCUCAUUCUUCAUGCUCUGCUCCUUCCUGGUCAUCAAUUUGUUUGUGGCUGUCAUCAUGGACAACUUUGACUACUUAACUAGAGAUUGGUCAAUUCUCGGUCCACACCAUCUGGAAGAGUUCGUCCGCCUAUGGUCUGAGUAUGAUCCCGAUGCUAAAGGUAAGCUUACCUUGAUAAAACAUCUCGAUGUUGUGACACUUCUUCGAAAGAUCUCACCGCCUCUUGGCUUUGGUAAAUUGUGUCCUCACAGACUGGCUUGCAAG